GGCCUUUCACUCAUCUCAAGUAUAAAAAGUUGUAUAACUGCUACUAAGAACAAUGGUUUCUCUUUCUUUCAUUGGACUCACUCUAGCUGUUACUGCGCUGGCUUCGCAGACAGCUGAUGCUGCUACCACCAAGUCAAACCACCAUAAUGCCAGUGUUGCACACUCUCACAAGCAUCAUCCCACACCCGAACACCAUCAUCAAGCACGCGAACACCAUAGUGCUCCUCACAAGAGAAGCUCUGCAAAGCAUACUACACAUACCACCAAGAAGGCGGCCACCAAGAAGGCGGCCACCAAAAAGGCUAGCAAGAAGUCUGCUCAUACUACCACCAAAAAAACCACAAAGAGAUCAACCAAAAAAAUCACAAAGAAGCAUACAACAGCCAAGACCGUCACAAAAGCUGCUACCAGCGGGUCGACAUCUUCUGAUGAAAGCACUAUCUUAUCAGCUCACAACGCAUACAGAGCGAAGCAUUCAGCACCAGCGCUGAAAUGGAAUAGCACUCUUGCUAGCUACGCUCAAAAGUGGUCCGAUGGCUGCGUUUUCCAGCAUUCUGGAGGUCCAUACGGAGAGAAUUUGGCCAUGGGCUAUGGCGACUGGAAGUCCGUUGUUAGCGCUUGGUACAAUGAGGAAAAGAACUAUGAUUACAGUAAACCUGGUUUUAGUUCAUCCACCGGGCAUUUCACUCAGGUUGUCUGGGUCUCCACUACACAGAUUGGCUGUGGUGUAAAGAAGUGCAGUAACCAAGGCAAUGCUCCCAUUUACACCUGCUCCUACGCUCCUCCUGGAAACUAUUUGGGUGAAUUCGAGAAGAAUGUUCUUCCUAAUUAAAGAGAUAAUUUUAUUGUCUGGGAUAUUCCGCAACUCUUCAUUCCGAAGUUUGCAGGACACAGUCUUCGUGUAAUUUGAUAAGACAGGC